AUGCUUGGUUGGGUUUUGCGACGCGGUCUGGAACCGGCCAAAGGCGCGAAGGAAGAUGGAGAUGACACGACGCAGAUUGAUGCGCCAGACACCCCAGCCCCAGUCUUCGCCGCCAGAGCCCUCAAGACAGCUAUUUUUGGAGAGGGAGAUGAUAGAAGGCGAGGGGCUGUGGAUAGACGUGGGCGACUGGAGCAUGCUCAUUCCGAUGGAAGAACUCCUCCAAGCAAACCACCCGGAAUCCUCCUAACGCCGGGGACUGGCACCUCCCGACCCAAACGCGUCUCAUUCGGCAAUGAUGUGUUCGAGGAUGGGUCGAAGGCCGCCGGUACGAAGGUUGGGAUGCGUGCGGGCCGUGAUUCGACGCGUAGACGAACACGACUGACCGAGUUGAUGGCGAGUUCGAGGCAAAAUAAGGCCAAAUCUUCCACCGCGGAGAAGAAACAACCCAUGCCACAGGUUGAGGAGAACGAGGACGAUGAUGACGAUGAAUGGGAAGAGGAGGAUGACGAUGGCGCUGACGAUGAUGAAGACGACGAUUGCUGCAGCCACGACAUUACUGUUGACCUUAACGAGCCGCACUCACGAUCCGGGAAAUACUGGAAAUCCAACUUCGAGUCAUACCACAAGGAUGCCAAGGCGGAGAUGGAGAAAUUGCUCAAGUAUAAGCAACUUGCAAAGUCCUAUGCCAAGAUGAAGGAUACUGAAGCUAUCGACUUGAACGAGAAACUAAAGGAGGAGCAAGAAAAAGUGUUAGAGAUGGAGAAGAAGCUCAGCGAGAUGGCGGCUCAGAUUGCCGCCAGGCGCCUAAAGGGCGGCGACCACGAAUCACCCGAUCUUCUGAGAAACCUUGCCAAGCAAACAGCCCUUGCGGUUCAGUACCGUAGUCAGGUCAAGGAGCUCGAGUCCUUAUUGAGGAACCGGCAAGAUGAUGGCAGACACAGACGAACGGGUGCUGCGUCGCCACGAACACAUCGCACACUUCUCGAAACCCAGCGAGAACUACGACGCGCCCGUUCCGAACUUCGAGAGAUGGGAGAUCUGCAGGACGAGGUGACGCGCUUAAAGGCCGAACUCAAAGCAGCGGAACAGCGAGCUACCAAUCUUGCGGAGGAGAACAAGCGAUUGGCUCGUGGAAGUGGUGACGAUGGAUCUUCCUACGUAAAGGAUCUCAUGGCGCAGCUACGGGACGCGAAGGCGGAGACUCGAAAUAAGGACGUGGAGAUUAAGGGGCUACAGCAAGAGUUUGACGACUUCAAAAAGGAAGCCGUCGCCCAACAGGAGGAUACGAAAGCAGUAUUGGAGAAGGCAACUGAGAAGAUAUCCGAGCUCAAAAGGGAGCUGCGGAUCCUCAAAGCUUCCAAGGACGAGCGAGGCACGCGUCCUAAGAGCUUCCACGGGCUCGCUUCAACCGGGACGAGGAAACCCUCCGCUGACGAUAAACCCGAUAUCCACGUCGACCUCCGAGAUCUUGCCCGACUCACCAAUUCCGCCUCGCCUCCCGCCGAACGACAAAUCAAGGCUAGCAGCAAUCUCGCUAGCGAGUUGGACGCAAAGCGGGUUAGAGUCACCCAAGCGUCCCGUGCGCUUCGCGAGAGAUUCCUCGGGGAGCCUGAUGACCUCAAGUUGGGCUUGAAGACGGACGACGCUCCCCGGAAUCUCCUCACCGACCGGGUGAAUCUCGAGAGGCCAAAGUGGCAGCCAUACAUCCCACGAUCUCCGCGGAACCGAGCCUACCUUAGAGAUGUAGGACGGCGCAAUGGAAGCUUGGACCUAGAUGUGGCAGAUGCGGAACCCAAGGUCGGACAAGUUGAUCUAGACCAGGGUGACGAUGAUCAGCCCCAGCUCGAUAUGCUUAAGGAGCGUUUUAAGCAUCUCGGUCUGCCGGACAUGAAUGGUAGUUCCAUCUUGGCUGGCAAUACGUCACGAUGCACCCUACCUCCAAACAGGCGUGCCGCCGCGUUGGCGCGCAUCGAGCAGAGGAAAGCGGAGCGGAGGCAAGCGAUUGCGGGCACGUUGAAGGCUCUCGAUAAGGAGAACGUGCGGCCCACAGCUACAGCUACAAGGGACCAUUCAAUCAACGACCCAUCUCACCAUUUCCUCCUCCUCCUUUCCGACUCCGCCCUGCCCCUCGGGUCCUUCGCCUUCAGCAGCGGUCUCGAAUCCUACUUAGCCCACACAUCCACCGCUGCCACCCCAACAACAUCCUUCUCAACCUUCCUCCCCUCCUCCAUCUCCUCCUUCGCCUCCACGAACCUCCCCUUCGCCCUCGCCGCCUACGACAACCCCUCUUCCCUCCCCGAACUCGACGACAUCCUCGACGCGAGCACGAUCUGCACCGUCGGGCGCCGCGCCUCAACAGCACAGGGUCGUGCCCUCCUUUCUCUUUGGGAAAAGUCGUUUGCGCCGCCUCUAAGGGAUGAUGCCCUUCGGUCGUUCGCGGCAGAGGUGAAAGGGACGUGUGGGGGGAGGGCGCAUGGGCAUUUGGCUGUUGUGUUCGGGGCCGUCGGGAGAGCGGCGGGGUUGGAGAGGGAGAGGAUGGCGUAUGUGCUCGUGUUGGGGCAUGUUAAGGCCUUGGUGAGCGCGGCUGUGAGGGCGGGUGUUUUGGGGCCGUAUAAGGCGCAGGGCGUGUUGGCGGGGGAUGAGGUUAGAAGGAUGGUGGGUGAGGCGGUGGAGAGGGAGUGGGAGACGUGGGUGGAGGACGCGGGGCAGACGGUGCCGGUUAUGGAUUUGUGGGUUGGGAGGCAUGAGGUUUUAUAUUCGAGGAUUUUCAACAGUUAG